AUGGGGAAGAAAGGAAGCUGGUUUUCUGCAAUCAAAAGGGCUUUUACUCCACAUUCCAAAGAGAAGCUAGGCGAUGAAGCUGAGAGAAAGAAUGUAAAAGAGAAGAAGAAGAAAGGUUUUGGGAAGCUAAGGCGUGGAGAGACUAAUUCAUUUCUUCCCAUCUUCAGAGAGCCUAGUAGUAUUGAGAAGAUCUUUGGUGAGGCUGAGAGAGAUCACAAUCUUGUUUUCAGGCCUCCUACUCCUCCUGAUAGAUCAAAUCCACCCUCUGCCUCUCCUCCUAUAAGGCCUGCUUCUCCUCGGAUUCCUUCUCCAAGACCAACUUCACCAAGAGUUGCUUCACCACGAGCCGCUUCACCAAAGCCUCUUCCUCUUCCUCUUCCUAGAGUAGACCUUCCAAGAUUAGACUCUCCAAGGUCUCUUUCUCCAAAGCCACCUGAUCGAUCAAAGCCAUCAUCAUCUGCUAGUGCUCCUCCUCCUCCUCUGAAGCCUUCAACUCGAGUUCCUUCUCCAAGACCAUCUUCUCCAAGAGUUGUCUCCCUACAAGCCGUCCCUCUAAAGCCGCCUUCUCCAAGAGCAGACACAUUAAGAUUGGAUAGUCCAAGACCACCUUCACCAAAGCCUCUUUCUACCAGAGUGGACCCACCAAGGUUGGAUUCUCCAAGACCUCCUUCUCCAAGAGCAGAACCACCAAGACUGGAUGCUCCAAGAGUUCCUUCACCAAAUCCUCCUUCUCCAAGAGCAGAACCACCAAGAAUUGAUGCUCCAAGGCCAACUACGCCUAGGCCUCCUUCUCCAAGACCAGUUUCACCUAGGCCUGUGCAACGACGGGAAUUUGUAUCUAGACCAGAGCCUACUCUCUUGGUCCAACAUGCUUCUGCAACAAAGAUUCAAGCAGCUUUCAGAGGUUACAUGGCAAGGAGGAGUUUCAGAGCUCUCAAAGGACUAGUCAGGCUUCAAGGAGUGGUGAGAGGACACAGCGUGAAGCGUCAGACAGUAAAUGCAAUGAAGUACAUGCAGCAACUGGUCCGUGUUCAGUCCCAAAUUCAGUCCCGCCGCAUCAAUAUGUUGGAAAAGCAAGCGCAGGCUGAGAGAGAUGAAGCUAAAGGGGCUGCAUCUGAGGCUAGUAAUGGUAACUGGGACGACAGUGUGCUGACAAAAGAAGAAAGAGAUGCAAGAUCUCAGAGGAAGACUGAUGCUAUCAUCAAAAGAGAACGAUCCAUGGCCUAUGCAUAUUCUCACAAGUUGUGGAAGAACAGUCCCAAGUCUGCUACAGGUGGGCUCCCUCUAUGGUGGAACUGGAUGGAUCGUCAGCUUCCUCUAGCUAGUCCUGCGCGGAGCCAUAGCCAACCACUAAGAGAUUACAGGCUAACACCAACAAGACUGAGUCCAAGCCCUCUUUCUCAGUCAAGCAACCACCACCAUUUCAGGAAUGACAGCAACUUCGACGCUUCCACACCAAAAUCGUCUAGGUCUACACUUCUCACUCCAUCCAGACCCAUCCGCACAGGAACAUCAAGAUACUCGAGAGGAAGAGAUUCUCCUUUCAGAGACAAUGACAGCCUCACAAGCUGCCCUCCAUUCCCUAGCUACAUGGCUCCAACGGUCUCUGCCAAGGCCAAAGUUAGACCAAGCAGCAAUCCAAAGGAGAGAGUGAUGGGUACACCAUCGUCGGUCAACAGCGAGAAGAGGAGAAUGUCUUAUCCACCGACACAACAAGGUAUGGAUACGUUUAGAUGGAACAAAGGAUCAUUGCUCAUGAGUAACAGCAGCAGCCAGAGAGGUGGUCCUGGUUCACCUGGAGGUGUGGUUCUCGAGAAGCACAAGACACUUAAAUCAGUAGGGAAUUUGAGCAUUGGUUCUACUGUGUCGAUGCCAGAUGGUAGAAAACCGUUUAACAGAUAUGUGUGA